CCCCCGAGGCGCGGCGAGGGACGGGAGCCCGGACGGCGGCGGGGGCUCCUUGCGUGGCGGGGUCGGGAGGGAAUGAAAGGUCCGCGCACGCCCCGGUGGCACAAAGGCCGUUUUCAUUCCCUACCCACAUUUGGAAGGAGCUCACUAUGACAGGGCAGAGUCUGAGGGCUUUAUCUGAAGCGAAUUUUGAAGACAAUGAGAUCAGCAUCAACGUUGGAGGCUUUAAGAAAAAGAUGAGAUCCAACACAUUAUUAAGGUUCCCUGAGACCAGGCUGGGCAAAUUGCUGAGCUGCCACUCAAAGGAGUCAAUACUGGAGCUUUGUGAUGACUAUGAUGACACCAAGAAUGAAUUUUAUUUUGACAGGAACCCCGAGCUCUUUCCUUACGUACUACAUUUUUAUAACACUGGCAAGCUCCAUGUGAUGGGUGAACUCUGUGUGUUUUCUUUCAGCCAGGAGAUUGAAUAUUGGGGAAUCAAUGAAUUCUUUAUAGACUCCUGCUGCAGUUAUAGCUACCAUGGGAGGAAAAUGGAGCCAGACCAAGAGAAAUGGGAGGAACAAAGUGACCAGGAAAGUACGACAUCUUCUUUUGAUGAGAUUUUGGCAUUCUACAAUGACGCCUCUAAAUUUGACAAACAGCCCUUUGGAAACAUCAGGAGGCAGCUCUGGCUUGCUUUGGAUAAUCCUGGGUACUCAGUUUUAAGCCGCAUCUUCAGUGUCCUUUCAAUAGUGGUGGUGCUGGGCUCCAUUGUGACCAUGUGCCUGAACAGCCUCCCAGACUUCCAGAUUGUUGACAGCAACGGGAACCCCGAGGAAGACCCUCGCUUUGAAAUCGUGGAACAUUUUGGUAUUGCAUGGUUCACUUUUGAACUGGUGGCGAGAUUUGCAGUAGCUCCUGACUUUUUAAAAUUUUUCAAGCAUGCCCUGAAUUUGAUUGACCUAAUGUCUAUCCUUCCCUUUUAUAUUACAUUAAUUGUCAACUUGGUGGUGGAAAGCAGUCCGACUUUAGCAAAUUUAGGCAGAGUUGCACAAGUCCUGAGACUCAUGAGGAUCUUCCGCAUAUUAAAGCUUGCUAGACACUCCACAGGUCUCAGGUCUCUCGGAGCCACCCUGAAGUAUAGCUACAGAGAGGUGGGGCUUCUUUUACUCUACCUCUCUGUUGGCAUCUCCAUUUUCUCAGUAGUGGCUUACACCAUUGAGAAAGAAGAGAAUGAGGGGUUAGCCACCAUCCCUGCUUGUUGGUGGUGGGCUACUGUUAGUAUGACCACAGUUGGCUACGGGGAUGUGGUGCCAGGGAGCACUGCUGGCAAGUUGACGGCAUCUGCAUGUAUCCUAGCUGGUAUCCUAGUGGUAGUGCUCCCCAUUACACUGAUCUUUAAUAAAUUCUCCCACUUCUAUAGGCGUCAGAAGCAGUUAGAGAGUGCCAUGAGAAGCUGUGAUUUUGGUGAUGGCAUGAAAGAAGUUCCAUCUGUCAACUUAAGGGACUACUAUGCUUAUAAAGUUAAAUCCCUUAUGGCCAGUCUGACCAAUAUGAGCAGGAGUACCCCCAGUGAGCUGAGCCUGAAUGAUUCACUGCAUUAGUGUACAAGUCUGACUGCAGUUUGCAUGAGAGCUAUCAAGAGCUAUGUUUAUAAAUGUUUUCCUAUUUGGUUUUUUGUUUGUUUUUUUUUUUUAGAAGAUAGUGUUGCUGACACUGCACUUUGCACUUGAGAAACUGAAGACAUUUCUAUUACAAGUUAACAGUUUGCACAUUUUCAUCCUGUUGCAUAAGGGUACUAAAUGCUGACUGUUCCAUACAAAUGUUACCACUUCCAUGACAUUAGUGAUAGUGGUAUAGUGAUGAUCUGUUACUUUGUGCAUUUUCUCAUCUGAGCAGAGAAAUGAAUGUACCCAAGUGGAAUAAAAAUUCUCAACUGUGACAUGAGUAAUGAAAAAAUCACCUAUACUGGUGUCUGUACUAGUAUAGGACUUCCCAUGCAUUUUACAAUGGUUUGAAACAGCCACCUGUGAGUCACUGAUACAGGAACACUUCUACCUAUAUUGCUGACCAGUAAUUCUGAUCAUCACUUGCCUGAAAACACCUGUAAGUUUGCUUACUCUUGAGUAUGUGUGUUAAAAUCUGGGUAUUCUUCUGAAAUGUUAUGUAUAGUAAUAUUUUUCAGAAUCUCUUGGGCAUACACCUUCCUCUGUUUCCAAUAUUAGAUCAAUACUGAGCCCUCUGAAGAAGGUCAUCCCUCAUUUUCAGAUAGCUAUAUAUUCAAAGACUACAUUUCCACAAGUGACUCUAGGUAUGGAGACCCAUACAGAGCUCUCAGGAUCCCAUUUCCAGAAGGAAUCUGCUCACAGUUUGGUCCCAGUGCAGCUGCAAAUUGUAUGAGUCCAUCAAAAUGUUUUUGAGAUUAGGCACAUGAAGAUGUGGGCUUUAAACAAUUAGAAGCUCCAAUGAAAAACUUGGAUUUGAUUAAUGAAGUGAAAUAUUCCCACAUGAACAGUACAGGCAGCAUUUUAGGAACUGACAUUCAUAUACUGCAAAAAGACUAAUUAUAAAGAUGCCAUAUGUGAUGCUGAGAUAUAAAAUCUAAUUUUAUCAGUAAAGCUUGAAAGCAGGUGUUGAUGACAGACAAUUCCAUUAAAAUUUAUGCCAAGGAAUCUCUAAGCAAAAAACCAUUUUCACUCUGAAAGAAACUCUCAAUUUACAGCUAAGGGAGAGUAUAAGGGCCUAAGAAGGGAACAGAUAAAGAACUUAAUACUGCACUAUCUGUGGGUAGAUCCUCCUACCUACUUCUGUGAUGUAGUCAAUUUAAAUCCUUUCAAGGGCUGGCAUGUACUUGUUUAAAAAAAAAAAUUAGAGAACAGAUCAUAUGCAAUUUCAAGAGUAAUAAUGAAUCUGCAUAGAGUUGUUUUUUGAGUGCUCAGUCUCCUCCCUUACACAUUGUACAGAGAUCAAACACUUGUAGUCAACAGGCAGAAGCCACUGCUUCCCUCUUUUUACUUUUGUGCUAAAAACAAACUACUGUCACUCAGAGGGCAGAACACUAUUUCUCUUCAGAUCCUACUGCUUUUCCAUCCCGUUCAUUACAUAUAAUGUUCUAAUUAAUUUUUUUGUUAGUUUUACUUGUGAAGACUAUAGAGGUACAGAAGUCAAAUGCAAGCUAGUUAGAAGGGAAAUUAAAAUACUAAAGCUGAAAUUGUUUUGUUUGGAAGACUGUGUUUUUAAACCAUAACAAAAGGUGGCUCAACCAACAAAAUAAAGCAAAUAUGGUAUGAAUAGGUAAUUGCCUAAUUUAGGCUAUUAGAGGUUGCAGCUUGGUUUGGAUCUUUUGGCGCUGUAUCAGAUCCACCUAAAAACCAGAAAGCUGAGCAUCCAGGAUUGGAUUUCUGUUUGCCCAGUGAUCUGUGACAGAAUACACAGUGUGAAAUAACUUACCUCCCACCCCAUUUCCUUUGAACACCCUGCCCUUACAUCAUUUAGUAGCUGAUUUAGGCCAUGAAGUGUGAGGGGGAAAGGUCCUUUCCAACCUUACCAAUUUUUAACACAGCCUGCACAAGUUAUAAGUCAAUUGGCAAACCAUUACUUGCUGUCCCUGAAUUGAAAGUGCCACAUACAUGGUCCUGAAGGCAGACCUAGAUCACCUGAAUUUGGUGUCCAAACUUGAAACUUUUUGCUAAGGUUUACACUUCCGGAUAGGGCUGGUUCAAUUCAAUUUAUGCCGACUCCCAUAAAUUCAAUACUCCUGUCCCUGAUUCAUACUGCACACUUGUAAACUAUGACACACCCACAAACAGCCACCUCACACAGGGAGCAGCAUGAGGUCACCUGUUGAUCUGAAAUGCCAAGAAAAAAACAAGGGGAGGAAGAGGUGGGUGUGGGCAGCACAUACCCUCCAGCCAGGUUACAAGCUGCAAGGGUGCCAAAUUCUCUCACCGAUGCAAAGGACACUGCAAACUGUGUCUGUUGGUUGGGGCUUUUGAAGAAGUCAGCUGCAAGCAGUGGUUUUAUCUCAGUUUCAGAAACAGUAGAUUUACAGAACUGAAAACCAGGCACUUUCAGAACAGUUAUUUGGUGAGACCUGUAGACUUGCCAAAGAGCCACAAAUUCCCUCAGCUGUUGCUAGUUGAACACUGUAAAGGUUGGAUUUAACUUUGCAACACAUCAUUUCAAUAACCUAUAGCUUAUCUUACGUUCUAGCUUUAUUAUUAUUUGUAGGGCUGAUGCUCUGUCAUUUCUGCAAAUAUUGACUGGAACAUGCCCAAAUUGCAUUUUACUAAAGAAAAUGAAAUACCCAAGGAAUUCCAACUUUUAUUGUACUGGUUGAAAGGAAUUUUCAUUAUUGCAUUUUUAUAUAAGUGCUUUUGAUCAAAGACACUAAAUAAAUAAAGUACUGAAAUUUAAGAUGCUCUUAUUAUCAUGACAAUUACUUCACACAGUGCACAGGAAUUCCUUUCAUAAACUUAAUUUACUCCAUGUUAAAAGUAGUCACAUUUUUGCUCCCCCCUCCUCCUGAAGACAAUUCCAGCUCUCCAAGGCUUGCACAACUUUUAGCACAAUUUUAUUAAUGGCUGCUUUAUACCACUAUUUUUUUUCUUUUGCCAACACUGUUCUUUAGCUUAAAUAUUUCAUUUUCCUUUUAGUGUAUUUAUAGACAGCAGCCAUAUGGCCUUGCAUACGUAUUUUCGCAGGUUUAUACCUCUCAAGCUUCCUUUUAGUUUUCUUUUUACAAGUCCUGUUCCCCAUACCAUGCUAGGGGAGGUAGCCCAAUUUUUUUGCUUUACUUCUGCUUAGAUUUAUUAUGUUUGAGCAAUGGACAGUAUUGUAUAGCAGUUUCAAUAUUUGUUUAUGACUAACAGAAUUUUUUGCUCAGCAGAAUAAUAAUUUAAUGAUUUAAGUAAUGUUGCUGUCUUAGCUGCCCCAAAAUAUCUAGUUAAGGAAGAAUAAGGCACACCUUAUUAUGUUUGAGCAUUGGACAUUAUUGUACAGCAGUUUUAAUAAUUGCUUAUGACUAACACAAUUUUUCACUGAGCAGAAUAACAAUUCAAUGAUUUAAGUAAUGUUGCUAUCUUAGCUUCCUCAAAAGACCUAGGUAAGGAAGAAUAAGGCACACGUUUCCUGACAUUUUAAGAAGUAAUGUCUAUUCUAGGGCUCAGUGCAGUAAGUACUGAUAAAAUUUAUCUCUCAUUAAAUAAGAGCUAUAGGAAAAUGUUUACAUUACACUUUGAAGAAAAAAUGCAAUCUUUUCAAAGCCUCACAGGGGAGAAGACAUGGGGUAUUUUUUGCAUAGUCAGUACUUAAGCCAGACUUCCUCACUCGCUGUGUGAGAACAGGGCAUCUGCACUUCCAUAACCCACUGGGUCAGAAUUGAAGGAUGAGAGGACUAACUUACCACUUUCUUCAGAAUUGGAUAAUUUCUGUGGUCAGGAAUCUCCUUAGUGUGGAUGUGCAGUUUUCUGAAGAACAUUGGCUUGGCCUGUGCUCCUCCUGCCUGUGACAGUCACCUUCGUGGGACCAGUGGAAAUGCUGUGCCUACUCUCUUUCGUCUGAGAGCUUUGUAUUAUUUAAAUGAGAAUUGUGGUAAUAUUUCAAGCUUUAUUCCCAGGAAUAAACUGUUAGAGAAUCUGGAUUUCUAGUACAAAUCUAGGCUAUUAGGAGAGUCAGAGAUGCCCUUGAGAAGCAAUAUGUUACAUUAUGUUCCUGAGAUGUAAAAUCUAUAUAUAGAUUGUGAUUAAGCUUUUUAUGUAUGUUCAGAUUUUGUAUUAUUGCCUGGUUUAUUACUCAUUUACUUUCAUCACUUGCUAAUUCUCUCUUUCCCUGCAGACUUUCCAUUUUGAAAACAGACUGGUUUUUCCUCUCAUGUUAUAUAGAGCAUGGGCUACUUCAUAUUGCAAACUUAAAAACAAAAAAAUUUGCAUUUAGUUUUCCAAAUUUAAUACCUCUAGUAUUUGUACCUUUUUGUAUAGAACUUUACAAGACUGCAGGGAACUACUGUAUCUGGUGCUCUUUGUACUGUGUGUCUUGUCCUAGUAGUGUGUAACGCACUCAAGAACUCAGUUUUGUGCCACAAAAUGGAAAUUAAAUGCAUAAAAAAUUAACUUUCA